AUGGACGCCUACUCCUCUGGAGAAGAAGUGGUUAUUAAGACAAGAAAACCAUAUACCAUCACAAAGCAGAGAGAACGAUGGACAGAGGAGGAACAUAAUAGAUUUCUAGAAGCCUUAAAGCUAUACGGGCGAGCAUGGCAGCGCAUAGAAGAGCAUAUAGGAACAAAGACUGCUGUGCAAAUCAGAAGUCACGCUCAGAAAUUCUUUUCAAAGUUGGAGAAAGAGGCCUUUGUAAAGGGUGUUCCAAUUGGACAAGCUCUUGAUAUAGACAUCCCCCCUCCAAGACCAAAAAGAAAACCAAGCAAUCCUUAUCCCCGGAAGACCAAUGCGGGUCUUUCAACAUUACACAGUGGAGCAAAGAAUGGAAAGUCUCUGCUUUCAAUUGCAUCUUCACAUGGUAAACAAGCACUGGACUUGGAGAAAGAACCACUUCCAGAGAAGCAUGAUGUCGACCUAAUGCCAUCAAGUGUAGAAGAAAAUAAGGACGAAAGCAGCUCAAAAGUAUUUACCAUUCUCCAGGAGGCACCUUCUUCAUCUGUAUCACUGCCGCUGAGAAAUUCAUGUGCCUUAAGAGAGUUUAUACCUUCAAUAAAAGAGGUAAUAACUCUUGAUGAAACAAAUGAAUCUUUUAUCACUGAUGAGCUUGAAAAUCAGAAGUUGGAGUUAGAUGAUGGAAAGCACACACAAAAGAGUAAUGGCGCAUGUAAAGUCUCUAAGUUGGAGAAUGCUGGUUCUUUGAAAUUGGUUCAAACUGAGAAAACAGAUAGUCCUCAUUGUACAUUAACAAUAGAUGGUAUGCAAGGAAAUCAGAAUUACCCAAGACAUGUCCCUGUGCACAUUGUUGAUGAGAACUUUGGAACUAGUAAUCAAAAUCCAUCCCCAGAUAUGGUGGUUCAAGACUGCAUAUUUCAGCCAAUUGGAGGGAUUAAUGGGCAACCUAAGAUUGUCACCACUUCUACUGCAUCAGACAUAAGUGAAAGUCAAAAUAACACAGCACGGUCCUCUAUUCAUCAAUCAUUUCUUCCUUGUCCUCCCUUCACACAACAUAAUCAGGAUGAUUACCAUUCAUUUCUUCACAUGUCCUCCACAUUUUCAAGUCUUAUUGUCUCUACCUUGCUACAAAACCCUGCUGCCCAUGCUGCAGCAAGUUUUGCUGCUACAUUUUGGCCCUAUGCAAAUGCAGAAACUUCCUCAGAUUCUCCCGUGUGCAUUCCAGGUUUUCCAUCUGGACAAAUUGGCUCUCCUCAAAGUGUGUCAGCUAUUGCAGUUGCUACAGUAGCCGCCGCAACUGCAUGGUGGGCUGCUCAUGGACUUCUUCCUUUGUGUACUCCACUUCAUACGGCCUUUGCUUGUCCUCCAGCAUCAGCAACUGCAGCUCCAUGCAUGACUAUGGGUGAAUUACCAGAAAAAAGCCAACAAGAGAUUAAGCUACAAAAGCCUACUCUGCAAGAUCAGAUACUGGAUCCUGAACAAUCAGAAGUUCUGCAAGCUCAACACUCAGCUUCGAAGUCACCAGCUGUUUCUUCAUCCGAAUCUGAGGAGAAGGGAGACACCAAUGUAAAUACUACAUCAAAGGCUACUAAUCAUGAGAUGAACCAAGCAAUUUCCGAGAAUCCAGAUUCGGACAAAAUAAAAGGCAGAAAACCAGUAGACCGCUCGUCGUGUGGUUCUAACACAGCCUCAAGCAGUGAAGAGACUGAAAUACUAGAGAAGGAUGAGAAAGACAAGGAAGAGCCCAACACACCUGAUGCAAACCUUUUAGGUACUGAGCCUAAUAAUCGUCGCAGUAGAAGCAUUAGCUACCUUACUGAUUCUUGGAAGGAGGUAUCUGAAGAGGGGCGGCUUGCUUUUCAGGCUCUAUUCUCCAGAGAGGUGUUGCCACAAAGCUUUUCACCUCCUCCUCAUUUGAUAAAUGCAGAUAAUCAGAUAGACAGCAUCAAGGAUAAAAAGCAAAACACAGACUUCAAAGAUGAAGACCUUGAAACCAAAAACUGCAGUCCUAAUUUUGAUGGGGUGCCGAAAAUUCUGCCAUUUGUCAAAGAUAAUCGUGAGGGGGAGGGAUUGCUAACCAUAGGUCUUGGACAAGGAAAGCUGAAGACACGUCGGACAGGGUUUAAACCUUACAAAAGAUGUUCAGUAGAGGCCAAUGAAAACAUGAUCGGAACGGCCUGCAACCAAGGUGAAGAGAAAGGUCCUAAGAGAAUACGCUUGAAUGAGGAAGCUUCAACUUGA